UUCUGCUCAGGUCCAGUUCAUGGUAAGCCUAUUGAUGUCCUACAUGCAUUAGACCAUCUUACAGCAUGGUUUCUGAAUAUGGCUUCUUCAGACAGCUGCUGGACAUUUCCAGUGAUCCUUCGUUUCUUGAGACUUAGCUGGCUAACAACAAUAAUGGUAAUGCAGGACGACCGACUGGCCCUCGUCCAUAUUCCACUGGACCUCUACCCGUAUUUUUUGAAUCCAAUCCUUCAGGUCCUUUUUCAUGAGGUACCUCCAAUUACUGGAAAUCCUACAGAUUUCCAGAAUGGUGGCCCCGACGGUGUCCACCAACGCUCCCAUCCUGCGUUCUUGAACCUCUCCAUUACACCUGUGGAAUGUUCUAUUAUGUGUCCUAGGCAACUUGCCAAUGACUAUUUCGCUCCGUUGGUUGAACGGUUUGCGAAGGAUAACGUAUCGAACCCGAGCCGCUUGUCUAUUAGCCGUGAGGAUUUCAUUGCCAUGCAAGUUUACGGAGAGGGUCUCGAGGCAGGCCAACGAGUACUCGAACUCACCAGUCCAUUAGCGAUGGCGGGAAUCUCUAUAUUCUUUAUUUCCACCUACUUCUCAGACUAUAUUAUUGUUCCUCUGCGUAGCAAGGCGCAGGUAAUCCAAACUCUGGAAAAGCGUGGGUUUCAAUUCGAGAUGUCAACGGACGCAUUCAUCAACAACAACCAGUUCAACAGUUGUCUCAGUCCCGUGUCCCCUCGGUCCACCAGCAGCCUGGGAUCUCCCCCGCCCACUCCUCCACCGUCGUCACUUGAUGAAUUGCAAACUCGCACUUUCUCUUCCUUACGAAAGAAUAGCAUCACUCCUUCGGUUGAUAAAUCACUCCGCUUAGUUCAAUGUGCGGUUCACCAUCGUGACAGCAGUGAAGUCAGCUCUAUAUCUAUACUGCGCGAUGCGCUGACAAUAGCGCUUGUCGUGGACAAGCCACGCUUUCUAUCUCUUACCAUGACGGCUGCCGAUCCCGCAGCCUCACUCUUGUUGGAACAGCGGCUUUUGCCCCGAUUCUCGAGUGACCCUACAGUCCCUGCCGAGCCAGACGAUGAAACCAGUCUCUUAUUGGGCUCGAAAGAGGAGAUCCUCGUUCCUAUAGUGCUAGAUCUGCGUAGGCUUCCAUUAGAGGCUACUGGUAUCGUUUGUGGCGUAGCUGGUAGGUUGGCCGAUGCUACGCAUGCUCGAGGUGAUGACAUCACGGAUGGUUCUUCCACAAUUAUGUCUCAUUCUUUCAAUGGUUUUUCUUCUUUUGAUGACACCAUGAAUCAUUUUUUCUCUUCGAGCGUCGGAUCAGGCGGGCCCGUGAAACCUCCAACCCCUGGUCCUGGACGCAGAUUAGCCAGCAACAGCAAUCUGACCCACCACCUGCAGCCUGACUUGGACAGCUCAAUAGAGGCUGUUGAAAUCAGCUUUCUCAGCACUGCACGAGCGGGAACCAUUAUUGUCGGUGAGCACGAGCUUCAGCGGGCCGUGGAUGCUUUGGAAGCAGAGAGUCAUGAGCCCGAGGGCCUUGAAGGAUUCGAGAUAUGAUUAUAUCUACAUUGCUGCCUCCAAUUAUACUCUGCCUUCGACUCUCAAACGUACCGCCGGCCUUCCGCAGAAGAUACCGCGGCUUACUUUCAGCUUGUCUUAUUUUUGAGAACAUCUGUGGCAACUUGAACUCUCUUCUUCCCAUUAACGAUUUACGCUCGGAUCGCAAAAUUCCGUUGAAGUCUACCAUAAUCUGCUAUACUAGCGCCCAAAAGUUCUCAUCUCAUCAUUUUGGACAAUGACACGAUAUGGAUAACAGUACAUUCUUGUUUUAAACUAUUUUCUUUUUUUUUAUUCUAUUUUUUAGUUUUUUCACUUAAACUUGUGUUG